AUGGAAUCAGCCACGGUGGGCAGCGAUGGCUGUGCCUAUCGACCGCGCGGAUAUCAGCUCGAAAUGCUAGAAGCUAGCCGCCAAGAAAACAUUAUCGUGGCGAUGGAUACUGGGAGUGGCAAGACUCAUAUUGCCAUCCUGCGGAUCAUCGCCGAGCUUGAAAGCAGUGCUUCUGGAGAUAAGAUCAUGUGGUUUCUUGCCCCGACUGUGGCAUUGUGUCUACAACAACAUGAGGUCGUCUCUAGCCAGAUCCUCUCGGUCAAGACCAAAGUUUUAACGGGCCUUGAUAAUGUUGAUCGUUGGACCGAUCAGAAUACCUGGGACAAAGUUCUCAAAGAUGUUCGGGUCGUUGUUUCUACAUACGCCGUCCUUGCGGAUGCUUUGAGUCAUGGAUUUGUCAAAAUGUCUCGACUUGCUCUUCUGAUCUUUGAUGAGGCCCAUCACUGCACGCGUGGUCACCCAGCGAAUAAGAUCAUGCAGAACCACUACAACCAUGCCCUGUCGACGUUAGGUCCAGACGCUGUACCUCGCAUCUUGGGUCUCACUGCUAGUCCAGUGGUCCGAUCAAGCGCGAAAGAACUUCAAUUGAUUGAAGGCAACUUACACGCUGUGUCUACCCUCAUUUCCAAGAAGAGGGAUCCGGCAGGGAGAGCCGGCUACUCCCCCCCCCUCAUGAGCUGUUGUGCCUCAUAUCAGAUCGAGGAUGACCCGUGGGUCGAGUCACUGCGGGCACGGGGAAAGACUGCGGAGCUGCAGAUGACAAUCGAAACAGGAAAAACCUUCUGCAGCGAGCAGUUAAAGACCUUUCUAGCUCGCAGUUGGCACAUAUAUGAGGAGCUAGGAGGUUGGGCCGCAGACUACUUUAUUGGCGCUUCGAUUGAUCAGCUUCAACGUUCAAUUCAGGAUACCCCGGACAUGUCACACAUGGACCGCAUGGAAAGGGUUUACCUAUUGGAGCUACUGCUCGAAAUGCCCACCUCUGAUCUAAUUGAAGAGAAUACGCACAUUUCGACCAAGGUCGGAGUGCUUCUCGACAGAUUGGAGAAGUUGGACAGGCCUGAUUUCUCCGGGCUCAUAUUCGCCAAGCAAAGGGCAACUGUCAGCGUCCUGGCUCGCCUCUUAUCCCAACAUCCCAGAACCAGGGAUCGCUUCCAGUGCGCCGCGGAUAUGCAACGCGAUACUCUGGAGGAGUUCAAGGCGGGUCGCAAGAAUCUCAUAGUUGCAACCGAUGUUCUUGAAGAAGGUAUUGGCAUCAGCGCGUGCAGCUUGGUAAUAUGCUAUGACAAGCCCGCCAACCUGAAGUCCUUCAUUCAGCGGCGUGGUCGUGCUCGCCACAGAGAAUCGACCUACGUGGUGAUGAUCUCAAGUGGGGACGAGGAAAUCGGGCUCCAGAAGUGGCAGAAUCUUGAAGACGCCAUGGUCAAGGCUUACCAGGAUGACGAGCGACAUCAGCGCGCGGCCUUAGAUCUUGAAGCAGUCGAUGAGAGCGUGAAAGAGUCACUCUGGGUGGAUAAGACCAAUGCUCUGUUAACCGCUGACGACGCAAUGCAGCAUUUACUUCACUUUUGCGCUGUCCUGCCAAAGGCCGAUUAUUCCGACAACAGGCCAAUGUUUGGCUUCGAAGAAAACACCGCCGGUUUGAUUCGAGGUGAGGUGAUUUUGCCAAACUCUGUGCAUCCUACGGUUCGACGAACCGCCGGCAAAUCUUGGUGGCGCACAGAGCAAGCUGCCAGAAAGGAGACCGCCUUCCAGGCAUACAAAGCUUUGUAUGCCUAUGGAUUGGUCAACGACAAUCUCCUGCCACUGACAAGAAAGCCAGAGUUAAGGUUUACAGAACAAACGAAUCUUCCAGCCAUUGUGGAUGGUGCUGAGCAGUACGAUCCAUAUGUGGACCUCGCCCAAGGCCGGGCCUCAGGUCAACUUUGUCAAACUCGCCUCAAUAUCUACAGACAUGGCCAUGUGGAUAAUGACUUUGCCAUAUCCAUGAUUUUGCCAAGGAUGACGCCCUUGCCGGAUCCCAUUCCUCUUUAUUGGGACCCCGAGACGACAUUGAAUCUCACCUUCGAACCGCAAAUAACGGAUUUUGUGGCGCCAGUGGAGACAUUACGGCAAAUGGAACGAACCACUGCCCUGUAUCUACAGGCCCCUAGCUCGCGCCGACUGGGAGAGGAGCGCGACUUCGUCACUCUCUUUGUCCCCGAUAUCCCCCACGAGCAACUGGGGGAGUGGCUUGCUCGAUAUGAAGGGAACGAGCCCGCAAUGGAUGUAUACUUGCGGGACCCAAAUUUGCCGCCAGUGGGUAUAGUUCGUGACCACUCCAAAUACGGCGAGCCCCGCACAUUCAACCGCUGGAUUGUUCCAGCAAACGUCUCAAAAUCGUCACCUAUUGAGAUCGAGUGUUCGCCCCUGCCGCGUCGACGGAACUUACUGCAAAUCCGUUCCUUGGCAGCAGCUGAAGAUGGAGAGGGAGAGACCCUGAAGAAGGCUCACUCUAUUCCUGCUGCGGCGUGUACCGUCGAUAAACUCCCAGCGAAGCAGGCUGUCUUUGGACUCUUCGUAUCCGCCAUUCUCGAUCGACUGGAGGCAUCACUGGUUGCGCACCGGUUAAACGAUACGGUUUUGAAAGGCGUCGGGAUCCAAAACAUUUGUCAUGUCAUCACGGCCAUCAGCGCUCCCAUCGCACAGGCGCGGACGAAUUACCAAAGAUUCGAGUUCUUUGGUGAUUCUGUGCUAAAGUUUACCGUCAGUUGCCAGCUCUUCCUGCAGAACACCACUUGGCAUGAAGGGUAUUUGUCAGAAAGUCGCGAUAAGCUCAUUCAGAACUCUCGCCUUGCCCGCUCAGCUCUGGAUAACGGCAUCGAUGCCUUCAUUCUCACAAGCCGCUUCACGCCCCGCAGAUGGACUGCACCUUUGAUCAGAAACAAGAUGGAGCCAUCCACAGCCACGAGAAAGCUAUCCAUCAAGGUCCUGGCAGACGUCGUUGAGUCUCUUAUUGGCGCCGCAUACAUAGACGGCGGUAUCCGAAAGGCACAGGCCUGUCUUCAUCGCUUUUUACCGGAGAUCAAUAUGUUCACAAGCGACAUCUCAUCCACCAUGAUCCCGCCUGGAGGUGCCGCGAGCGGCCUCAUCAACCCCCACAGAUUAGCUGGUCUGCUGGGCUACACAUUCAAAGAACCGAGACUAUUGACAGAAGCGCUCACGCACGCAUCCUGCGAGUACGACAUGACAACACAAUCCUACCAACGCCUCGAGUUCCUCGGCGAUGCUGUUCUCGACAUGGUCGUGAUGGCAGUGAUAGCAGCCCACCCUGUCGAAAUGGACCAAGGUCCAAUGACGCUGCUGAAACAUUCCGUUGUCAAUGCAAAUCUUCUCGCGUUCUUCUGCAUGGAGCUCAGGGCCCCCGAUGAACCAACCUACGUCCCUCAAUCCUCCCGCAGGGGCAGCUAUACCGUCCCCCUCUGCGAUCGGAUCUAUCUGUGGCGUUUCCUCCGGUCACAUGGUCCGAGUAUCGAGAUCGCUCGCACAGCAUGUCUCGAACGCCAUGAAGCACUUCGCGUUGAGAUCGACCAUGCCCUGAAACACGGAGACCAGUACCCGUGGGAACUCUUCACUCGUCUCCGACCCGACAAGUUCAUGUCGGACAUCGUUGAAAGCAUCAUAGGCGCGAUUUUCGUCGAUUCCGGCGGUGACCUUGAUGUGUGCCAUGCAUUUGUUGAGCGAAUCGGACUAGUCUGGUACAUCCAGCGAGCCGUCGCCGACGGGGUCAAUGUCGUGCACCCGCGCAACAUCGCCCAGGACAUGGUAAAGGGUGUGGGCACGUUGGUGUUCAGACGCAAGAGGAUCGAGGUCAAGGGCGUCCCCGCUACAUACCGGUGUUCGGCGGUGGUAAAUAAGGUCGAGAUUGCGGCUGUGGAGGGCUGUGCUUCCGCUGAGGAGGCCGAGGUCAAGGUUGCCAAUGCAGCCAUUGAAUACUACAAGAUGAACCCACCACAGAAGCCUCAGCCGCCGCAGAAGCCUCAGCCGCCACAGUGA